GAGGCGCGAAAUCCGGUAAGCGUUGAGAAGCCGCGUUCGAACGCUCUGUUCGAAAGCUGUGUUCGAAAGUUGUGUUCGAAAGGUUUCAAUCUUCAAAGUAUUGACUUCCAAACCUUCACCUAACGUGGCUGGGGUGUAGAAGACACCGGUUUCCAGCAGACUCACUCUACACCUUUGUGUGCCUAGGACCUACCAUGAGCGACGACUCUCUCGCACAGGACAGGAAAGAAAAUAUUCCACCGCCUGGGGGAGCCAGGAUGGACCCUUCCAAUGUGGAACCUGCGGCGCCGAACCGGCGCCAGUCGUCCGACGCGCGGAAGGAGCGACAGGAGGUGCCCACUCAAGCUGGCCGUCAUCACGAGAACUUUGUCCUCGCGCAGCCCGAAAUUCUGAGUGACGUUGUAAACCGUGAGACAGUGGCUGCGAAUGCCAAACCGUUGGCUCUUCCGAACGUGGACUGUGACGAGUCUGUGCCGCCGGGGACGCACAUGGACGACAGCCGGAUGAACCGCACGCUCACCAUGGAGGAUCUGGAGACGCUGCGGUCUCUGCAGGCCCAAGACGCGUCCCCGACCUUUCACGACGGAGACCCGCACCAAGGGGAUUCUGCGCGAGGGAAGCCCCCCGCCUGUGACAUUGACGUCGCCUUCGGCAGCCCCAGCGAGCUGGACUACAGCUUUAAGACGACGACGGAAAACACGUCGGGGGAGCUGGAGCAGACGCUGUAUUUCGAUGCGCUCAACGUUGGCGGAACUGUCGAUGCCGAGUCAGCUGAAGUGAAGCAGUCCCCACAUUCGGGGAAGCGUCUCCCUUCAUCCGGGGCUCCCAGUGAGCCUCCACCGGAGCCGGUGCACCUACCGGCGGAAGGUCUCAACUCCGGUGGUGAUGAAGAACCCGCCUCCUUCAGCGAGUCUCCGCGGGUAAUGAGUCUUGACAACACGUUUGUCAACCAGUCUUCACAAAGCCCGCUGCAGCUUCAGACUUCCCCUCUGCCUUCCCUCAAUGGGUCUCGCCUGUACGACGAAAAUGUCAAUUUGCUGCUGAUUGACCAAAGUCUCCUGGAAAGUCCACCCCGCACUGCACCGCAGGACUGCAACGACAACCACCUCAUCCCCGAGCAGGCUUCUGCGGAAGUUGCAAUUGUCGAGCGAAGCUCAUCAGUUGCUGCAGAUGUACCCCUAGACCCCACAAGCAACAGUCCGUCGCCUCUCAUUCAGUUGAGCUCCAAGCGGCCACGGCCGAGUCUACUUGCCGCCGACCAAGGGCGCAAUAACUGCUUCGUGGCACCCGGGGCUCCUGCUGAAGACGCCGAUGCUACACAUGGCACGCUACAGGCAGUGUCCGGGACACUAGACGUCCAAGGAGGCACUGCAGCAACUGUAAACAAGAAGCCGCCAGAGGUGUACGUCCUGCCCGAAGCGGUGGAAGGGACUGACGUUUGUACAGCCGCAAGCGAGCCGCAGCCCCAGGACUCGGAGGCUGGUCCUGAAGUGGCCCAGUUCUCCAAGGAGGAGUUCCUUUCCGUUGCGGCCAGCUUAAAGGACCCGUCGGACCUAGAUUUCCUGCAGAAGGUGGGGAACAGUGAGCGCCUGCAGAGGACUCGUCUGGGACGCUGCUCCCUCUUCCUCAAGUUUGAUCCACUGCUGUCGGAGCUGCGUCCAGCCUGCCAUAGUCCUGCACACUCUAAAGAGGAGCAACAGCCUGAGGAGCAACAAUCAGCUGCCUUGAACUGCAGUGGUGGGACGCUGAUCGAUUUCGUGGAUUCGCCGCUGAAGGUGCGGAAGUCCAGUAGCAAAGAAGGGAUUGAAGCUGCGGAACCAAUGUUCUCUGAGAAGGAGAUGACGCAGGCGCUCAAAUAUCAGGAACUGAUGUUCCAAGAGCGCCUGCUCAAGAAGGACCAAGACUACAUGAAAGAACAGGACAAGCUGCGAGAGGAGGCCGAGGCUUGGCGGGCAAAGUUCGAACACUUGGGUGGCCUAUAUGAGCAGCAGGAGAACACUAUGAUGAUGCUCAAGAGCCACAAUGAGCAGAUCGUGUCUGCCAUAGAGCGCCACGUACUCGGCAAGAAAAAGGACACGGACGAGAAGACCGCUUCGCUCCAGAAGAUAACUAAAGAGCGUGAUCAGUUGGCGGGGGACUUGCACAACAUGGAAAUCGCUUUUGCGGACUUCCACCGACGCUACGAGAAGGCCAAGCAAGCAAUCUCUACGUUGAAAGAGAACGAGUCCAUCCUGAAGCAGCAACUGGCCGACUACCGGGAAGGAGUUGAGAAAAGCAACCAGAUGUUCAACCUGCUCAAAGCCAAGACGGAAGAGAGUCUUGAAGGGGCUAGCAAAGAGAUUGAAGACUCUAAGAAGAAUUUCCAAGCAGACAUCACUGUCUUGAGAGGCCAGUUGAAGAAAGCAGAGAUGGACAACAGCUGUCUGGAGAAGCGGCUUGAACAAAAGACUGAGGAAAAUGCUCAGCUGGCAAAGCUGUACGACGACCUGCUCAGCCAAGUGAAAGCAAAGUAGAUGCUCUGGCGGAAGGUUUUCGUGAUUGUGCAUUUUUAGUUUUUAAGGAAUCGUGUGCUUUCUGAAUUUUUUUGUUACCGCUGUUUGCCAAAUAUAUGGCAUGUUCCCUCUUACAUGCAUUCAUAUUUUUCAUCUUUCAUUACUGACUUCAACUCAUCAUGAAGUACUAAUGCCCUUAUGUCAAGGCUCUGGUCCCAUGGUAGCCUUCUUAAAUGGCUAUAUAACUGUUUUCACUUGAUUGCCAGUUAAAGUGUCAAAAUAGUCAAUAGUAGCUUUGCCAAUACAUCUCCUUUGAUCCUGGGGAUUCAAUAGAAAGCCAUUAUUGUAAUAGAUAGAUUAUGUAGUUAGAUAAUAAGAAAAUAUUGCCCCAAAUUUCAUAUUUGUCCUUAAUACUAAAGUUGGGGGUGAUUAUUUUUUAUAGCAUAUUCAAUGUUAUAACAAAAAAUGGAUUAGGGCUUUUUGUAUGUUUAUUUCAGUAUGGCUUUGGUGGUUUACAAAAGUUCUGAAAAAUUCUUUCCACUUCAUUAUAACAUUGAAUAUGCAAUGUAGAAUUGUCACCCUCCUAACUUUAAUAUUAUUAAAAAAUAUUAAACCUUGGCAAUAUUUAUAUAAUUUAAUAAUCUAGCUAUAACUAACAUAUAUUGCCCUAGAAUGCCCAAAAGUAAUCUUCUAGCAUUACCACUUGUUCUGUUAUCAUAAUAAAGGGCCACUGUGGUACCAGAACCUUAAAUCCUUUCCCACAAGUGUCAGUUUCUUCACACUAAAGCUAAUGAAAACCCUACAAAAUUGGUAACCAAAUAAGUGAUUUGUGCCUCAUAUUUGUAGGAUACAAAAUUUAUUUUAGUACGAUAAAAAAAAAAAGAUACAGUAAAGGUGUAUUUUAAUAUUAAAAAGAAAAUAGGACAGUAUUUUAGUAUGAUACAAAAUUUGUAUCCUACUAGAGUACUAGAUAAGAAAAUUGGCAUGACAACCUAGGCUUUAUUCUUCCUGGUUUUUUUUACUUGACAAUGGGAUUUCACAUUAAAAUAAAAAUAAUCUGCACAUUAGGUGGAAUGCCAUAUAAGUUGGUCUACAACAGUUUUGAAGUGCAUCGUUUUUGUUUCUUUGUCUUCCAGAAAAAAAAAAAGAAUGUAUUUCUGUAGUACCUGGUGUUUCUCAGCAUGUUUUUUGUAAACAUUCCACCCUGCAUAUUUUGAUCACUUUCGGACACAUCGAUGCUUACCUCGAUAGAUUUUAUGUAAUUCUUGUUUACAGUGCUAGACAUAGUCGGUUUCACCUUGCAAAGCGGUGGCCACGGCUGCAGUAGACAUAAAGGCCAUUCAACUAUUAGGGACAAAGCUUCUACUAGAAUAUGACAGAGUUUUUGUGUGAAGGGUGGUGUUGUACUAUAAAUUAUUUCCUUCAUUAGCUUUGUGUACAAGCAGCCUCGUCUGAAAGCUUCAGAAAAGGUAGUUGCUGGCACUUAAUGUUGCUGCUGUACUCUAAUGUGUCCCCACAUAAUUUCCGCUUAUUUUUUGGUGUGUAUGUAGUGUCGGUUGCAUGGGGUUGCCGACUCUGCCAGCGGGUCCAUUUCCCUAUUGGGCUGGAAUGCAUUGGUUUUGUAUGCUAGUUGUAACUUGUAUAUACAAUUUUUCAAUACCUCUUUCAAAUGCAUCAGUUUUUUUUUCUCUGUACCUUGCACUGUAAUGUGAUUAAAAAAUGUAAAGUACCAUAAACACUUGACAAGCUUGUAAAUGUGAUGCUAACAAUCCACAACACCGCACUUCUGUGCCACUGUAUUAGAUUUGUUUUGUAUAAUUAUUUUUGUAUCGCAUUUAUUCCCAUUGCAGUCUCUGUGGAAUUUGCAUAGAGGAAGUUGUAGCUCAAUAUACCUCGCUUGAGCAGCCGUAUAUCAGGUUGGGUUCAAAUUCGUCUUUGUCUAUUCAUGGAGGAUAUGUCAGUUUCCAGGUGUCUGGUGCGGCUGUGCAAUUUAACAAAUAAAUUUUGCUACACCUUUA